UGUGCAAGCCCAGUCGCUCCAGCCUUUCAGCGUAAGGUAAAAGACUUUACCUAUAAUCCAUUGGUAAUAUGCUAGGCUUUAUUUACACCAGAAAAAAUGGAAUAAAGCAAUAUGAGAAUAAGCUGGCUUAGAACAGCAUAUAUGAUGAAAGAUGUUAUAGAAGUGAUACCUUUAAUCAGUGGACAACUGGUAAUCUUCUGUACAGUAAAUAUAUUUAAAAUUGGGUGUGGUUAUGUUUGUGAAUUUGGCUAAAGAUUCUUUGUUACUCAGGAAGUUGUGGAAAAGUUUGCAGGAAGUUGCUGGAAGUCUUGUCUGUUUGCUAAAUAUGUUUGGCAGCUGUAAAGAUGUGACAAAAAUAUUUAACCACAAAUUACCAUUUUCCCCAAAAUUUAAACUCUAUUUUUUUCAGAUGUGUUAUUCAGAUAUUUCCUAGGUUAGAUUGCAUACAGCUGAACAAAAAUUGCAGGAAGUUUGCUUCUUUACAACAAAACUUGAUGAGAUCAAAGUGCUAACUGCAAAAUCUUCUAACAGAAGUCUUCCUGCAACCGGAUAAAGUCACGCAGUUUACUUAUUCUGUGCAGUUUGUGCAUUAAGAUUUGUUAGUGAGGUGCUAAAUUAGGAUUUUAUGAUCCAGCAUAGUUCUGUAAUAACUAUUAUAGGUCAUUGCACAGUAACGAAAUGUCAUUGAACAGUUUAACUGCUCGUGCAAUUUGAGGUUAUGGUUAUUAAGCUGGAUAUUCAGGUAAUUAGUGGCAUAGUUGAGUUUUAUUCCAAAUUUCUUAAUUUGUUUGUUCUUGUGGGUUGGCAGAGGGGAAGAACUAGCUAGCUUCUUGAGAAUCGAAGUCUCCAUAAUUGAUUUUUUUCUGAAUCAGUUUGUAGAAUCUGAAAGCAGCAUUGUUUUGUUCUUUAAUAUUGUACUAUAAAGAUUGCAUUAUAGUCCCUUCAAAAGGAAGUUAAUUAAAGAGUACUUUUUAUGCUUAUUUACAUUACUGUUCACCCAUUAGUAUGUUCAGUGACACAGGAAACUGGUGCCUUGACAAGAAUGUAGUCAUAAUUUCAGUAUGACAGAAGUCCACGUAGAUCAUUUUACUUGUGUUUGGAUGAAGGAAACUUUUUGGUGCAUUUUGUCCAUGGAUUUUGUUAUACUGUGUUGGUAUGAUCCACUUAGUGGUUAAAUAUUACAUUAUGUUACUUACAGACAUCUUAAACAUAUGACAUUUUUUAAUGGUUUAAAGCUAAAAAUGUUUGUGUUUUAUUUAAAUGCUGUAUGCUCAAUACAGUAAUGUUGAUUGUUUAACCUUUUAUAUUCAUGGAGUGAGUGCUAGUAUCCACCUUGUACUGCUGUAAUGAACUACAUUUCUCUUCAGGUGCAAACUACAAUGAAAUAAAUGAAGACAAGAGAGAGCAUUUUAGUGAAGUAUUUGCUUCUAUUGACACUUUGGCAUUUACAUUUGGCAAUGUAUCUACCAACAUUAACGGCCCUUCAGGUACUUCCCAAAAUAUAAUAUGAACUUCUGUGAAUCUCAACAGGCUGUUCAACUACCGCAGCCAAGCCUCAUCCUGUUCACAACCAACAUCUGCAUCAUUUCAGACUUCCUCAUGGGAGACAUAGACUAUGGUUCAUCUAUGGGACUUCCAUUGAAUGGACGAAGCCGUUCUUAUGAAAACCUGUCCAUGGGAUCUCGAGGAUCAAUUCAUGAAAAGGAUGACUUACAAGGAGCUCUUCGAGCAGAGGAGGUUGACAACAUGUUACUUAAAAAUGACAGUGGGAUAGAGUCAGCUCUGAUGUAUGUCAAAACUUGGUCAAAAUAUACCAAAGAUAUUUUAGCCUGGUUGGAAAAACGGCUAAAUCUGGAUAUGGAAUAUGCAAGAAGCUUUUCAAAAUUGGCAGAGUCAGCUAAGACCUUUAUUGGACAACAGGAGCACAUGCCAUUUCAAUCAGUGUAUAUGUCUGCUUUUGACUAUGAUGUUGAGUAUUGUCAAGCUCUUCUUCAAACUGGAGCAGGCCUCCAAUCAAAUAAAUUUAUUCAGCCACUUCUGUUGCGAAGGAAUGAACUGGAUAAGCAACGUAAAGAAAUUAAAGAGCAAUGGCAGCGAGAACAAAGAAAAAUGCAUGAAGCAGAAACAUCCCAUAGGAAAGCAAACCUAUUGUACCUUCAACGCCAAGAAGAGUAUGAGAAAGCCAGGUCUUCUACAGUGCGAGCAGAAGAGGAACAUUUGAGUUUCAGUGGUGGGAUAACUGGAACGUACAACAGACAUCUUGAAAAAAAAAGAAAACUGGAAGAAGAUGCCUUACAAAAAGCUGAAGAAGCUGAAGAACAUUUCAAAGCUUCUAUAUUAGAUGCCAAUGAAAAACGAAGCAAUAUGGAAAACAUCAAAAGUGAUAUACUUACACAAUUACGUGAAUUAGUCUACCAAUGUGAUCUUACAUUAAAAUCGGUGACAGUCAACUUGUUUCAGAUGCAGCAUGCCCAAGUAGUCUCCCUUCCUGUUAACUAUCAAUCGCUUUGUGAAAAUACCAAGCUUUAUGAACCAGGACAACAGUAUUCAGAAUUUGUCAAAAGUUUGCCAAAGGAAGAAGGUUCGAUGGAGCCAGACUUAUUUCAAUAUUCAGUUUCAUCAAAUGGUGGGCUUCCAUUUCUUAAAAGAACAACAAAUAGCCCUCAUUCAUCACAAGGAAAUUUGUCACAGACUUCAGGAACCUCAGGUGAUCUUACUGUUCAGUCACCUGAUGUUGAAAAUCUUCAUCAUAUUAGAUCAACUAAUUCCGGAGAAAAGCCAUCAAAUAACACUUCUGAUAUACAAGUCCGGAAUCAUAUGCCAUUUAGAGCUUGGUCCUCCGUCACUCAGGGGAGUGGUAUGUAUAGUGAUUCUGAAAGUGGAGGAGGAAGCAGUGAAUCACGCUCUAUGGAUUCACCCUCUGCUAGUCCAGGUGAUUUCAAGCGAAGGCUGCCCCGAACACCCUCAACAGGCACUAUGUCUUCAGCAGAUGACUUAGAUGAACGAGAACCAACAUCACCUUUGGACAAUGGUUUAAAUGAGAUUGUGGCAGAGAUGACAAGUUCUCCAGGGCCUUUCCGCAAUACUCUUAUGUCAAAGGCAGCACAAACACACAAGUUACGAAAGUUGCGAGCCCCAUCAAAGUGUAGAGAAUGUGACAGCCUUGUUGUUUUUCAUGGAGCUGAAUGUGAAGAGUGUACUUUGGCAUGCCACAAAAAGUGCCUAGAGACUCUAGCCAUACAGUGUGGCCACAAAAAACUUCAAGGACGGCUACACCUGUUCGGGGUGGAUUUCAAUCAAACUGUAAAAAAUAGUUCUGAUGGAAUUCCCUUUAUUAUUAAAAAAUGUACAUUUGAGAUUGAAAGCAGAGCUUUAACUACAAAGGGUAUUUAUCGAGUGAAUGGAGCAAAAUCACGCGUUGAAAAGUUGUGUCAAGCUUUUGAAAAUGGAAAGGAUUUAGUGGAACUUUCAGAUUUGUAUACUCAUGAUAUCAGCAACGUGCUAAAACUGUUCCUCCGCCAGCUCCCAGAGCCAUUGAUUCCAUUCCGUCUUUACAAUGAAUUUGUUGGUUUGGCCAAGGAAAGCCAUAAUAUUAGUGAUGAAAAUGAUGGAAAACCAAUCAUCCUAACUGUACACAAAAAAGCAUCAACCAACAUAGGAAUGAAGAGAAUCCUUUUUAAAGUCAAGGAUCUACUCUGUCAGUUGCCUCAAGCCAACUACAAUACUUUGCAAUACCUCAUGAACCAUCUUUGCAGGGUGGCAGAGAAAGAAGAAGAAAAUAAAAUGUCAGCGAGCAACCUCGGAAUUAUUUUUGGGCCUACACUUAUACGACCAAGGCAAACUGAUGCCACUGCAUCAUUAUCUUCUCUUGUUGAUUAUCCAUAUCAGGCUCAAAUGGUGAAGCUAUUCAUAACUCACUAUGAAAAAAUAUUUGUUUCUUCAUUAACUCCGUUGCCAUCAAGAACUGAAACUUUAUUAGUUGAUGAGAAAGACAAGAUUAUGCCUUCGUCACAGGAAGAAGAUUUCACAGAAAACAAAGAUUAUCCAAUAACUAACAAAGAGGGUUUUGGAUUAUCAGGAAGUGAAAAUGAGUCUUCAGAAAUAGUUGCUUCCAAUGAUAUCCUAAAUGAGGAGAAGGAUCAAAAAUCCAAUAGAAAAUGCAGUGAAUCAGAAGAUCCUGUUGAAUUGCUGAAAAGCCUACAAAAUCCACAAAAAGCAGAUGUGCACAAGUUCAGCAAGUUGACAUCAUUUGAGAAACCUAGUCAACAACCUAUUAAAGUCCAUAUGCGACCUCCCAGGUUGAAACCAGUUAUUCCAAGACCUGCCAGUUUGCCUGUUCCUGAAGUCAUGAUUCCCUACUCACUGAAUGAGAAAACUUCAAAAGGAUGCAACAAUACAAGCAGUGAAAAGGAUUCUAUUAUUGAGGAAAUACCAGAAAUGAAAAGUCCAUCUCGUGCACCUACAUGCUGCAGGCAUUCAUACUAUGAUAGCCAAUCUUUACGUAGAACAUGGGACAAACAGUAUAAAUAUUAUGAUGUAACUCAGAAGACAGCUAUGAUUAUGGCAAAUGUUGCUCCAGAAAACAAAACCAAUGACAAUGUUUUCUCGCCAUCCCUUAACUAUAGUACUGGCAAUAGCUUUGCAAGUAGUUUACUUCCUAAUAAGCCAUAUGCAGUGACUGCGAAGCCAUUAAGGACCACUAAGACUGAUGGCAAUUCAUUAGAGUCUCCCGCCAUUUACGUAUUUCGUCCUCCAAGGACCUUGCAGCCGCCACCUGAUACUUUUUACAAACCUCCUUCUAAUACUAUCAGGCAUACUGGAGACUCUUUGCCCAAACCUGUUGCAGCAUUAACUGAUUCCUCUGAUUCUGUAAAAGGUGGGAAUGGAAUAUUUAAUCCUAUAGAAGAUAAUGAAAAUGAUAUAGCAAAGAAAAUGGCAAAUCCACCAAGUCCAGCCAAAGAAGGCCAAGGAGAAAAAAAACUGACAUUUCAAAGACUACGAUCAAAACGCAUUCCACCAGACUUUGAAAACAGAGAGGCCUAUUUUGUCUAAGGACCAAUUGCCUGAAGUUCUGGUGUUAAUCUACCAAGUUACUUUUCACAUAUGAGAAGUGUUUUAUUUUUCUAAAUUGAGGGAAAUGUGCCAUGAUACAACCCAGAAACACAACUUUAACCAUUAAACUUCACCUCAAGGUACAUCUUGCGUUCCUCGAGGUCAAGCUUAUCCAACACAUGGCUUACAGGUCACAUUGCACUCAACUAAGAAGUCUUAUUAACCAAACCACUCGGGGAAAUGUAACUGGAAGAUUUUUUUUAAGGAGUUGCUGCUCCAUUCAAAGUUUGGUUCUCUUUAUAUGCUGUUAAUUGGUUCAGGUUGAAUUUAUUAGCAUUGGCUGCCAGAGAUAAAUUGUCUGUUUGGAGGAGCUGUGCAAUGUAAUCAGUUUCUUUCCACUCUAGGUCUGAUAACUCCAUAGGAAUAAGGCUCAAGAAGUUUUCAGGGAGACAUUGGCUUGGAGGAGAUUAGAGUGGGUGAGCAGUUUAGGAUGAGAGUCUGAGGAGCUGCUAGAAGUUGGGGAGAAUGAGCGUGUAUAUUGUUGUGGGAGGAAGGAUGGGGUUGAGAGUGGGCAGGCAGUUAGGGAAGAAUGAGAGUGCAGUAGGAUUGUGGAGUUUUGAGUGUGCUGUUUGGAUGGGUAGUUGAGACAGAGCUGAACACUGCUUGCAAAAAUCUGUCCUCAAAGGAGCAAUCUAAAACCAGUUUCAUAAAGAUUCCACCAAGGCCAACUUUGUAUGUUCACCAGAGGUGAACAAGGGUCAGUGUUAGUUAAAUCCAACCCCUCACCCCCAUCCAUUUUCCUGUUGACCAGAACUUGGGGCUUUUUUUUUUCUUCUAUCUAGCUCUGCUUAACUGAAACUAUUAGUUAGACCAGAACUUGGGGCUUUUUUUUUCUUCUAUCUAGCUCUGCUUAACUGAAACUAUUAGUUAGUCCUGCAGCAUGGCACUCAUGGUGGUCUUUCUUUAUUAGUUACUCAUUUGAGUGACCACUUUAUUAGUCAUUUGCUUUCUAAAAUUUUUGUUUACUAUUAUGGUAUCCUGAAGCUUAUUCUGAAAUUUGUUCACCAACUGCACCCCUCCACCCAACCCCAAGUGAGAGAAUGUGCCCCCUCCUCCAUCACUAUGUGAAACUAUUGGAUGACCUUGCUCUAGGUAGCUGCAUAUUAACAUAUGUAUUGGAAUUUUUUAAUAUAUUUCUAAAACUACUCUAGCGUUCUAACAAAAGCUGAACUAGUUAGUCUGAGAUAUUGAUAUCGAGUUUUAAAUAGUUGAUUUUAAAUUCUAUAGUAAUAUACAAGUAAAAAUGUAUAGUUACACAGUAAAAUUAGAUAGUUGCUAAAAUACAUAGCACAUUUUAAGUAGCCAUACUUGAUGGCAAUAGUAAAUGAUAGUAAUAGAUUUUUUUUGUAAUCAUCCAAAGUCUUACAAGCUUUGCAUCCUCUGCUGCCAUUCUUAAUUGUGCAAUCAAAACUUACUAUAGCAAUCUUUAAGAACUGCAUAAACAAGCAACAAGGUAUGUUCCUUAAUGUACAAAAUGUUGAAAUAUUUCCAUAUUAAUGUUUUAUCUAUAUAUGAUAAACAGAGACGUUCAAAGUGCAAAACUUGUAGUCUUUACUCUGUAUUGAAAUAUAUAGUCUAGUCAGUGACCAAAAUGAUGUUCUCAUUAGGGACUGUGUCUUAAAAUGUGAAUUGGAACAAUAUUAUCUUUUUAAUUUGUGCUUCAGUUUAUUAUUUAUAUAUGUUCAUUUUGCAUAUAUGUUUUUGUUUACAUUACCUUUUACACAAGACACUAAGCUAUAUUAAAGCAAACAUAUUAAUUCUUGUAUAUUAAGUGUAUUGCGUUGAAAAAGUCUUAACCUUUGGAAAGUUGCCUUAUGUAAUUUAUUAAAAUCUAGGUUUUAUAUACUAUAUGUAUAUUCUAUAAAUGCUACAUAUAUGUAAACUAACUGGACACAAUCAUUUAAGACAAUGCUGAACUUUUUCUGUUUUCUUUCAUUGUUGUACUAGUCAUGUUUUUACUUGGAUGACCUAAGCAUAAGGAUAUGUCAUAGUGUAAAUCAACAUUGUUUCACAUCAGUGUUUGUAUUGACAUCCAAGAAUGUCUCAGCGUUUCUGCUUUGCAUUUGUAUGUUGCAGUGUUUUAUAGGAAAUGUUUUGCCAGUGAUGCACUGUUCUCAGCAUUCUUUCAGGUGAGAGAGAUUUUUAAUCUUGUGAAGAUCUCAAAAGAAACAAAGGUGAAACAUGGUUACUUAGACAUUAUGUGAACAUUUUGGUGUAUUUAGUGAUGCUUUCAGAAUGAAGUCAAGUUGUUUUUUUCUGUCUUAAUUAUUCUGCCAUACAUUAUACCAUUAUACAGUAUUGGAAAUUCUGAACCAUUGCCUCUUUCUGUGGCAGUAGAUCAUAAUAAAUGUUUUUAGUUCCUGGAA